AUGUCUUGGGCUGAAACCAUGCUGCUGUUCCUCCUCUUCGCGCUCUCCAUUCCCCCUUCCUCCCAAGCUUGGUCCGUCGAUUAUCCGAGCCCCAUCGCCAACGUUCCUUCCCACUGGACCAACAACAACGCCACCAUCCCCUACAAUGCGACAUACGCCGACGGCUCGACGAGCAGGGCCAUCCUCGUCAGGCAAAACCCCGCCGGGUAUGCCCCGUCCUUCGCCUGCGGCUUCAUCUGCGCCGCUCCCUGUGACGGCGCUUUCCUCUUCGCGGUCUUCUCCGUGUCCAUUGGCGGUUCCAGCACCAGCGCCCCAGCCAACACCACCGCCGCACCGAGGGUCGUGUGGGCGGCCAACAGGCACCAUCUGGUGAAGGAGAAUGCGUCCGUCCAGCUCACCAAGGACGGCAAUCUCAUACUCCGAGACUUUGAUGGCCUGCUGGUCUGGUCCACAAACACAUUGCAUGGCCCCAUCGUCGGUGUGAAUCUUGCUGAUACUGGGAACCUGAUCCUCUUCGAUGUGAUGGGGAAGACGGUGUGGGAGUCAUUUGAGCACCCUACCGACACGCUCCUUAUUGGGCAGUCGCUGAGGCAAGGGAAGAGGCUCACUUCAGCUUCCUCAAACUUGACUCAAGGUCAGUUCUACCUCACCGUGCUUGACCAUGGCCUCUAUGCUUUCGUCGAUGCAGAUACCCCGCAGUCCUACUAUCAGAAAAAAUUCAAUGUCACCGAUGCAGUUGUUCAAUCAAAGAUUAACAUUUCCUCUGAUGAAGCAAAGAAUGUCACCGCCUACAUCUCCUUGUUACGAGGCAGCCUCUCAGCAUUUGCCAGCUUAAACAGCACACGCAUCAAGUUAUUCGAUAUGUCCCUGCCAUGGCCAUCUUCAGCACAGCUCAUGAGUCUCGAGGAUGAUGGGCACCUGCGCCUUUAUGGCUGGAACGGUCUCUCAUGGAAGUCUUUGGCUGAUGUUCUGAAUGUGGAUCCAGAGGAAUGUGCAUAUCCAACAGUGUGUGGUGAGUAUGGGAUUUGUUCAGAGGGACAAUGUAGUUGCCCAGCUGCAAGUUCUGGAGACACACUUUUUCGUCAGCUGGAUGAUCGGCAACCUAAUCUGGGCUGUUCCCCAGCAACUCCAUUGUCAUGUGACUUGAUCCAGUAUCAACGGCUUUUGCCUCUCCCAGAUGUCACAUAUUUCAAUUUUGCAGAUGAUUGGACUACUGAUGAAGAGAGUUGCAAGGGCACAUGCUUGAAGGCCUGUUCAUGCAAAGCUGUCUUCUUCCGGCAUCAAAAUGACUCUUAUGGUUCUUGUUACCUGAUGCCAAAACUUUUUUCACUCAUGCAUUACAAACAUGGAACCAUUGGAUAUAACUUAUCUGCAUACAUCAAAGUGCAGAUGUUACCUCCACCGUCAUCGAGUAAAGGCUUGAAUGCAACUGCUUACCAUGUUGGUGUUCCUGUUCUAGUAGUACUCAUCUGCGUGCUCCUUCUCUACAUCAAAAGGGCAAUAACAAAGAGGAUGCAGGAGGAGGAUCCGUUUAAAGGGAUUCCUGGGAUGCCAACACGGUUCUCCUACAAACAGCUGAAAGAAGCAACAAACAACUUCAGCAAAAAGUUGGGGCAAGGAGGAUUUGGUCCAGUAUAUGAGGGAAAACUUGGAACUGUCAAAAUUGCUGUUAAAUGCUUGCAGGACAUUGGACAUGGGAAGGAAGAAUUCAUGGCCGAAGUUAUCACAAUUGGCAGUAUUCAUCAUAUAAACCUUGUUAGAUUGGUAGGUUACUGCUCCGACAAAUUGCACAGGCUCCUAGUUUAUGAGCAUAUGAGUAAUAGUUCUCUGGAUAAAUGGAUCUUCAGAAAAAAUCAAAGUGAUUCACUCAGUUGGGCAUCUAGAUACAGGAUUAUACUUGACGUUGCCAAGGGCUUAGCCUAUCUUCAUGAAGAAUGCCGACAGAAGAUUGUUCACCUCGAUAUCAAGCCUGGAAAUAUCCUCCUUGAUGACAAGUUUAAUGCAAAGAUAUCUGAUUUUGGUUUAGCAAAGCUCAUUGAUAGGGAUCAAAGCCAAGUCAUGACCAAAGUUAGAGGAACAAGGGGCUACUUAGCACCAGAGUGGUUGACAUCAACGAUUACUGAAAAGGCCGAUAUCUACAGCUUUGGUGUUGUUGUGCUGGAAAUCGUGAGCCGGAGAAAAAUACUGGAUGAUACUAAGCCUGAAGGGAGCACCAAUCUGAUUAACCUACUGCAGGAGAAAAUCAAGAUCGGUCAGGUCCUGGAUAUAGUGGAGAAUCAGAAUGAAGACGUUCAAUUACAUGGUGCAGAGAUGAAAGAAGUAAUCAAGCUUGCAGUCUGGUGCUUGCAGCGCGAGUGCACCAAGCGACCAGCCAUGUCACAGGUCGUGAAGAUCUUGGAGGGUGCAAUGGACAUAGAGACCAAUGCCGGUUCUGAGACAACUAGCAGAGAUGACAUUUGUGAAGCUUCAUCCCCUCUGUCCCCGGUGCCAGUGUCAGCAACAGCAAGGUAA